UAUAGGGGUUGCUCGAGAAUUGAAUACGGCUUCCGUCAUCGCAUCCAUGCAGUAUUGCGGCGACUUUUACCCCGCGUAUUACGAGAGGAAACGCAUAGCAAUGCAAAACAAUUUUCAACUGGAGCAAUGUUAGAUAGAACUUUUCGGGGCAGCGUGGAAUUGUGUGUACGAGAUGAUAAUAUUCUUUAAAGGGUAAAAUCCUUAAGCGACAUUGUCCGAAGGCUAGUCCGUUGCAAACAAUUCAACACAAAUCAUUCUAUUUGUGAAAUAGAACUUUUCCGAAGUCUAUUCAAUGUCGUGUUAAAGACUGAGUGUAAAAUCCUGACGUCGACAAUCCUGACCAACAAUCAUAAAAAUUGGAGCAGCAAGAGUGUAGGAGGGUACGCGUGUUCUGUGCCAAUUGUUAAACAUUGAAUUGGCGUCUGUCACGCGAUUUAAUAAACGCCAUCGGAAUUAAUAGUUGGCAGAGUGGAGGAGAUUCUCGUGAAGAAUGCCCUUCGUGUUGAACGACCUUUGUGGCUUGCAUGACGUCAUCCAGGAUUAUGACCAUUGAAUGCUGAUCAUUACGGCUAAUUUUCUGGAAUAAGAGAAUUAUUGAAAUAAAAAAGCGAUAAAAUAACGUGAGUCAGACGAUGGCGAGUAAUAAAAUCAAGAUUUCAUUGUUGCUGUGCGUCGCUCUAUUAACUCUGGGCACGGACGAGCAAAUCUCGUGUUCUAAAAACAGCACGUUAUUGGAGACCACGGGCGACAUUAUUUUAACCGUCUUCGUGGACGCCAAUUAUGGGCCGUAUUGCAAUGUAACGUCAUCUAAGGGUCUCCAACAAAUUUCGACGGCCUUACAUGUAGUGCGAACCUUGAACAAAUAUGAUUACGUACCAGAUGUGACAUUGGGAUUGAGAAUUCUGGACACGUGUCACGACGAAACUACGGUGUUCAGACAAUCUCUGCGAAAAGCAGCGGUCGCGCAAGAUUGCGCCCCGGAUUACGAAACGGGUGUAUUGAUGCCGUCUCGGUACGGCCCUACGACGAAUUCCCUUCGCGAUUACGGCGGGCUGCCGCUUCUCACCUACGAGGAACAGAAUGUCACGGAGCCCACGAUCGUCGUCUUAGCGCAUUACCUGAGCAUGUCGUACGAGGUCGUCGAUCUGGUGCUCACCAAAGCAGAUUCCGUUCUCGGUCGGUUUCUAAAGAUCACCAGAGACCUCGGUGUGUGCGUAAAGAGACGUGACAAGCGCAUUAACGACGACGACAAGGUGAACGUCAAGGAAGCGGUGAUAGUCGCGAUCGGCGAAGAAAGUGAUAUACGGGGGUGGCUGCGGCAGAGCGAGGAGCUGAGAGGCCCUGGGAAGACGUGGCUGCUGCUGACGCUCGAUAAUUCGGACGUUGAUGACGUCAUGCCGUCUGGAUCGUUCAUUAUUAAACCGGAAACCUUUGAUUUCGAUCCCGGUGACUUUUCAAACGUGGACGAAUUUCUGGAAAACUCCAAAGAUUUCGCAAAUCACUCUCCGUAUCUCCUCAAUAUCGGCAAGGCCAUCGUUGGACUGGCGGAAGUUCUCCAAGACGUUCGGAAGAGGAACUGUUCCACUGACCACGACGACGACGAGAGCUGCACCGCGUCGCAGUCUCGUCCGAAAUGGCAACGGGAAAUUCGUGAUUCCAAUGUCUAUGAGGCACUGCGCAUGCAACCGAGAUCUUCGUACUCGGUGAGGUACGUGGUUGCCAAGAAAACGCGAUACGACCUCAUGGACGUCGCUCGCUACGGGAUCGAAGUGUCCACGUCGCGCGUUCUGCCGGAGAGGAUAGUGUCCGAGAUGCCAGGACUCUGUUUAGGAAGUCAUGUCGAGAACUGUGAGAACUGCAUGAACUUUCAGGAACGCUCCGGCACACGUGUCGUUAAGAAAGCGGACAUCGUCGGUAAGAGCGUCCUGAAGAACAGCGAAUACGUUCUCGUUUUUCUGAUCGCUAUCGUCUGCGGCACGUUCAUAUGCUGCCUUAUUGUGGCCUUCAUCGUUCGUCGUUUCAUGACUGAAGAAAUGCUCGAUGGCAAUCCAACCCUGACGAUCAUCCUCAGUCUGGCCGACGUAUUUACCCUGCUGGCGGCGCUUCCAUUCUGCAUGGCGGACGAUUAUCUUGGUGCGGAGACCUUGAACUCCCGGAAGAUUCUUUUGAUCACUCUUGCAUUCGCCUUUACAUUCUCGAUCAUGCUCUCGAGGGCAUUGUUCCUAGCUCUGUCUACAGGCGGAGUGUUUGUCACUCACGUAAACGGAUACCUGCAGAGUCUGAUGGCGUUCUUCAUGUUCAGCGUGCAAAUCGCCAUGUCGAUUAUGUAUUUUUAUUUGAACACAAUGAAUUCGUCUGUUAUCGUCAGAGGUCUUGUCUUCAUUGCAUUAUUAGGCUACGAUAUUUUUCUACUGGUCGUACUUUUUGUCGCUUGCUGCUUCAUCAUCCGGAUACAACGUAAUUACAACGAAGGAAAAUGCUUCUUCGGCACUGUUAUUGGUUUAUUGCUAAUAUGGGCAAUAUGGUUGAUUUGCUUCAUGGUGAUGCAACCAGAAAAUCGUGACACAGUUGUCGCUUUCGGGACAAUUGGCACAGCUUACUUAAUUAUUCUCGGUAUCUUAACACCAAGAGUUUAUUACAUGGUCACACACUUGCCUAGAAGAAAAACUAUCGAACAAAAAUUUGAUUGCGUCGAUUUACCGGUCGAUUCGAUCGGCAAUACGAUUAUCAAACAGUCGUGUUCUUCUUAUGAUUACGUUCACCCUGCUCGAGUAAAUCAAGGUCUUCAAGCAUCGCCGACAUGUUCGAAUUACUACGGCAGUCCAAACCCGAGCUCGAAGUGUCGCGAUCGAUUCAAAAGUCCGAAUUACCGCGAAAUGCCAGAGAGAGGACACAGUAAUUACGCAUUUAAAGCGGAAAUGAAGGAAAUCGACACUGCUCACGUCGUAAAUGCAUCGCAAACAUAUGUCAAACACGUUCCAAGAAAUCUUGAAAUAGCAUCAAACAACGUCAUUUACGCGCAACCGAAGGUCUAUAGAUCAGAAAGGGUGGUUCUGACGGAUAAGAGAAAUACAGGAAUCAGGCAUAAUAGAGAUCAUCUUUCACCUACUGGUAGACCACGUGAUAAAAUAUAUCCCAUGAGAUACUCUAGUCCAGCAAAUGUGUCACGGGAGCAGAGAAUCGAAGAGGAGGUCGAGGAAAAGGAGAGCGAAUACGAGGCAGAUGAAGAGGAUCAGGAGAACGAGGGCAUCAGCCGUGUUACUCGAUUUUGAGAAAUUUAAUUUAAUUAAUUAUUUGCUUCAAUCUCAUAUCGGCUUGUAAAUUUAGCGUAUACAAUAAAUAAAGCAACUUCUGAUCAGAAAUCUUAAAAAGUUUUAGGAUAUAGUAUAAUUAGGUUUUAGAGAUUUCUUAAUUUUCGACGGAUUCUUUUUGGAGUAGCGACUGACUCAUGAAGUACAUAAUUUACGCGGAAGACGCUAUUCUUGUUAGGGUUUUGGAAACUCUUGUCUUCGCCUAAUGAUCUGAAAUUUAACCAAACAUCAGGUUCCAUUGUAAUUAUUGGCAAACUAGCUGGCUAAUUCGAGGACGGAAGUUCCUCGCUGCAUUAAGCGCGCAUGCGCGUGAGCGAGCGAGGACACAAACGGAAAGCUGCAGCGUGUGCAACGUAGAAUCAAUUUGGCAUGUACCUCAACGCCAAAAUUGCAUUAUGGUCGAUCGUAAUUUCGCAAGCAGGACACAGGUGUAUGUUCCACGGGAAUAUCGAUGACGAAAUGGCGAGAUAGCGACCGCGCAACAAAGCGAUUCGCGAAAAUGAAGUUGCGUUCACCGUGACGUACGAGAGAACAAUUUGCCAAGGUUUUACAUUUUCUUACCGAUAGUGGUAAAUAACAUAUAUAAUAAUCUAAACUUUUAUUAGACAAACUCGUAUAUUGCUAACAAGUCCAAUUGUAAGAUUAUUGAUGUAUUUUAUAAUCGAUUAAAAAGAUAUAGGAUAAUGGUUUCAACAUUAUUAUAAAAAUGAAUGAUAUGUCAUAAAAUUUCGCAUAAAUAAUAAUACUGCCUGAUUAUACCUUAAAUGUUAUUUUUCAAAAUUUUAUAUCUAUGGAACACUAAGCAAAAAUAAGAUUUCAGAUUAAUAAUAUUUCAUCUCUCGAUCAAUCACGAUAUAUCGAUCACGGUAUCGAUCAAUCAUAUUGUUCAAUUCAAAGAAAAUUUACGUGAACUUCCAAAAAUUCUAUCAAAUACGUACAGCCGUCUCGCCGAUCUCGUUGCUGGUGCUCGACAAUUUUACGAUCACAUGUGCCAUGCUUUACUUCCAGAUCAUGAGACCACCAUGAAAAUCGCGAAAAUUAGACCAGCUGGCGGCAACCGAUAAGCCACCAUAAUGGGGAUAAAUCGAAAAGUGCAUCGGUUCGUGAAAGGGUGCGCCAUCCGGACCAAUCUUUGCGCUGUCCCCCAUGAAAAAGCUUCUGCGCAAGGACAAGCUGCAGCAGCUAUAAAAGCCCGCACGAGACUCGUCCGCUUUCCAGUCACGUUUACAGCCGUCUUUCAAGUGAUGAAAAAAAGAAAAGAGAGUUUCUAAGAGGGAAGCUACUUGAAUUACGUGCGUUUAUCAGACCAAAAGAAAGCGAGAGAAUCAAUCGCGAAAUUUAUUCGG